AUGGCAUCCCCUCAAGCGGACCCCAGGGGGAGGGGAUUCCUGCCCUCCAAAGCUUCCGUUCUGAGAGUCUUGACGAUGACUCAAAAUACUUCGGCGCUGGUGUUUACGGUGUUUCUGGUACCCCAUCUGGCGAGCCCCGUCAUGGCUGCCAUCGGCGGACUAGAUGGUGCCGAGAAGACUAUGAUGAUAGCCCGGGAUCUGUAUCUUCCACUCGAACCGGUCCUAGUGUACAUCCCCCUCGCGAUCCACCUCACAUCAUCCCUCACCAAACGCCUCAUAUUAUCCACCAACCCCUCCCUCCCCCUCUCCAUCCGUCUCCCCCGUCAAAUGCACCAACUCCUAGCUUACCCCCUUCUCCUCCUCCUCGUCCCCCACAUCCUCACCCACCGCCUCAUCCCCUCUUCCUCCGCCCCGCCCAUCAGGGAACUAUCACCGAGCGAGCUUGGGUGGGAGUUUGUAGGGUAUGGGCUGGGGGAUUGGUUGACGUGGGUGGGGUAUUUGGGGUUGGUUGGUGCGGGGGUGUGGCAUGCGGCUGUUGGGAGUAUGAAAGUGGCGGCUUGGUUGCGGACGCUUCGGCGACGGCCUUCCACUCGUACCACUCAAAGCAAACCCACCGUUUCUCCUGAUUCUGCUCCUGCAGCUACGAAUGAACAAUCAGAAAAGAGGGUGGUACCGAGAAAACGAAAACCCGGCCUUCGAGGCGUCAUCCUCUGCUUUUUGGGUAUUGUCGCCUUUGGGCUGUGGAGAGUCAAAAGCGAUACAGGCGUAGUGAGCCCGAUGAUGAGGCGUAGGUAUGAUGCUGUUUUUGAUCGGGCACCCUGGGCUUGGGCAAGCCGUCUGCUGCUGCGCUAG